CUUUAUUAUAUGGGACUUCAGUGUGCUAAAUAAAAAGAGAAAAAACCAGUCAAAGAAAUAGAAAUAAAAUAAUCAGACAGCACUCCUUAAACUCUAAGUACCACAAAAGAAGCCAUUGAUUUUGUUGAAAGCUAAUCAUUAGCUAAUGUGAUGAGAACAAAACCAGUCAAAGAAUAUUUAGCAGAAUAGAUAGCAAAAAAUUAAAUCUAUGUUGAUUCAUGUGAUAUUUUGGCAUAUAAAAUUGAAAGCAAAUCAUAAUUGAUACUACGAUCUUAUAAUAACUAUACUGAGAAAGCUUUAAAAAUUAAAUCAAAAGUGUUAGAAUAUUACAGAAAUGAAUACAUAAACUAUAUCAAUUCUAAAAAUGAUACUCCUUAAAAUAGAGACUUAAUCAUUAAGGAAACUAUUUAAGUAAACUCUAUCUAAUAUCGUAUAAUAGUUACUUGUAGAAACAUCUGUCAUUCUUAAUUGUUUAAUGGAUAAAAACUUUGAUGACGACACUGAAUUAUGGUGGGGAAAUGACUAUUAUUGUGAUCGUAUUAAAGCAUUAGCUCUUACUGCUGAUACUUCAGAAAAUAUAGACCCUAUUACCAAUCCAAUAUUAUAAUAUUUAAAUGCUUUAAAAGCCAGAAUAAUAUAAGUUAUUCCUCUUUUACCAAGCUAACCUAAAUCUAUUGCAAACAGUGUAGCUAUUACCAAUGUUCAUUUGACUUAAUUUUACAAAGAUUUAAAACUAGAAUUUGCAAAGGAUGUAGAAGAAGAAGUCAACUGCUGAAUAUUUUAUAUUAUUAUAAGC